AUGCAGACCCAGAAGAUGAAUUUCGGAAUUUGGCUGUGUCUCAUCUUCAUUGUUGCUGCACGAGCAAGAUUGCAAAAGCGCAUAUUUGGUGGCAUCGUGUUGCCCAACUCAAAUUACACUUGGCUAGUCAGGAUAACCAAAUGGGAACCGGACCCGAGAAUUUGUACAGGUGUACUGAUCUACAGUAAAUAUGUUUUAACCACGGCCAGUUGUUUGGGGACAAAUGUCGACGAACUAUUUCGGUAA